AUGCCUUCCAAGAUUGCCCUCGCAUUUGCCGCCACUCUAGCUCUGGCUACCUCUGCCAUUGCCGAGGCCGACCGCCCGCGCAUCUAUUACCCCCAGCGUGCCGAGAGAGAUGUCGACCCUGAGCUGGAUGCCGACCUCGACGCCGACGACAAUGAAGAGAUGAAGCGCGACUUUUUCAGCUCCGUUAUGAACGACCUCAACACGGGCGACUUCGGCGACAUUACCAAUAUCUUCGACGCCAACCGCCAAAAGAGCCCGACCACCACCGUCGUUGUUGACCAGACCGUCGUCGUGCCUCCUGGUGGCACUGGUGUUGCCAACCCCAACCCGGAGCCUCAGCCUACCACCUCGUCCACCCGUCGUGUUCGCCCCAAGCCUUCGACCACCCGCUCCGGCAUCCUCGUUGGUCCUACCGGCGUCAUCUUCCCCUCCUCCACCACUGUGUCGAGCGAGAGCAGCAGCUCCCCCGCCAAGUCCGAGCCUUCGACUACUGAGUCUUCGACCACUCCCGAGCCGACGACCACUUCUCAGGAGACUGCCCAGACCACGCAGCAGACGGCCCCUACCACGACCGGCGGCGGCAUUCUGGACCCCCUCACCUCCCUUGUUGGCGGCCUGCUCCCUCCGGCUUCGUCUUCUGCCAACAGCACCACGGUUGAGUCCGAGACCAGCACUCCUCUGAGCUCUUCUUCCACCACUGAGCUGCCUACCACGUCUUCGUCUGACGCCUCAUCGCCUGUUACCUCCGACUCGACGGCGCCCGUCACCUCUGCUGCUCCCGAGACCUCCACCGAGGUUGCCAACAGCACCACGCCUGAGACCAGCACCCAGUCAACUGAGACGCCUACCGGCACCGGCCUUAUUCCCAUUCUGACCUCCGUCGUCAGCUCGAUUCUGCCCGCUCCCACCUCUGAGUCUGCCAACUCCACAUCCACCGACGCUACUCAGACCUCUACCGAUGGAACCCAGACAUCCACGAGCCCGACUUCCAUCAUUUCCACGACCGAGACCACCAGCAUUGCGACUACGACCUCCGGCAGCCCUACCGACACCUCGAGCUUCCCGACACUGACCCCGACUGACGUUCCUGGCGGCAACGCUACCACCACCACUGGCAGCGAUACGACCAUCCUGACACCUACGCUCACUCCCACACUGUCUCCCACAGACUCUGUCAACGGUACCGAGACUGCGACCACGACCACCCUCACCUCGACUCCCCUGCCCACCUCGACGGAUGCUGGUGUCACCACCUCGUCUUCGUCCAACAAUGCUACUGAGCCUGCCACCACUUCGCUCGAGCCUACCAGCAGCCCCAUCGAGACCACACCCGUUGAGACCAGCACUGUUGUCACGCCCACCGAGACCACUCCUAGCCCGACUCCGACCCCGACCCAGACUGGCGUCACGAGCAUCGCUCCUACCGCCACUGGCACCGGAACCAGCGACUGGCUGCCAACUACCAUGAUCGUCGAGCCCACCAGCUUCAGCUUCACGGCGCCGACCACGACGGAGACUGCCACCACCACAACCUCCCUGCCCACCAACAUCCCCAAGGUCAUUGUUCCGGCUGACGGCGACAAGCCAGCUCCCAAGGAUACCACUGCCAUCCAGAUAGGCUUCAAGUUCCCCCUCAACUACGACUUUGUUUCCGGCAACAGCGUCGCUGCCGCUCAGAUCUUCCACCUGCUCCCCAAGGCUCUUGCUGAUGCGAACGGCCUUGACGUGGAAAAGGUCCAGAUUGCCAAGCUCGUUCCUUUUGACACGCGCAACACUGCUGGCUACAUUACCACGCUCGCCAAGCUCCACUACCCCCAGAACUUGGUUGACAACCUCAAGGCCAGCAUCUGGGCUCCCAACUCGAAGCUGUACAACAACCCGUCGGAGCUGGUCAACAACCUGACGGCGCUCAUCAACCCCACGAUUGACAUCCUCGGCGACAAUGACGACGAGGGCGCCAAGACGGGCGGCUCUGGCUCCAACAACAGCAACGACGCCUUCGGCUCCGGCAGCGAUUCGUCCAGCCAGUCUGGCAAGCAGCGCGCUACCACGGCUGGUAUUGUCAUGGGUGCCGUCGGUCUCGGUGCCAUGUACGGCGCGGCCAUGUUUAUCGUCGCCCGUCGCUACAAGCGCAAGCGUCAGAACCACCGCCGCUCUAGCUCCAUCUCGUCGGUCGGUCGCUCCGAUGAGAUGCAGUACGCUGGCAACGGUAGCCCUGCUCUUAUGGGCGGUGCUCUCCUCAGCCCCAACAACCGCGGUACGUACGGCGGCCAGAGCCAAAACAGCAUGGGCUCUGCUCGCACUGCCAACAUCUCGGCGCCCGUUGCCACUGAGAACUCUCUCGGCUGGAACUAA